CCACACUUUCCAUCUUUACAUCCCUUCACACCACCACCACCGUUGCACCAGCUGGUUCCAUUCCCCACUCCCACAUUUUCUUUUGUUUUUAUCUCACCAACAAAACCCCCCAUCUCUCACCUUAUAUACCCUCAUCACAUUUCACUCUUUAAUUGCAUUCCCAACCUCCAUUCUCUCUAAGUUCCUCUGCUCUGAGAGGAAUUUGGAGAGUGUUUACCAUACCAAAUAGUACUAUCAAGAUUUUUGGACGAAAUGGAACUUCUGUGGUUUGCAUGCUACUGCUUCUGUGUUCUUCAGCAGCAUAUGCUCAAAAAGCCAAACCUCCCUCUCCCUCUUUCAGCCCUACUCCAGCCCCAGCCCCAGCCCCAGCGCCAGAUUUCGUGAACCUCACGGCUUUACUCACUGUGGCCGGCCCCUUCCACACCUUCCUUAAGUACCUUCAGUCUACCAAAGUGCUUGAGACCUUCCAAGACCAAGCCAACAAAACCGAGGAAGGCAUCACUAUCUUUGUCCCAAGUGACAGUGCCUUCACAGCUCUUAAGAAGCCCUCUUUGUCCAAUCUCACCGCUGACCAGCUCAAGUCCGUCAUCUUAUUCCAUGCCUUGCCGCAUUACUACACUCUAGCUGACUUCAAAAACCUCAGUGAAUCAAGCCCGAUUCCUACCUUUGCCGGCGGAGAUUACACUUUGAACUUCACUGAUGCUUCAGGCUCUCCGCACCUUACCUCAGGAUGGUCAAACACAAAAGUGAGCAGCAGCGUGUACUCGACAGAUCCUGUUGCAGUUUACCAAGUUGACAAGGUUCUUCUACCCGAGGCAAUCUUUGGUACUGACAUUCCUCCAACCCCAGCUCCAGCACCAGCUCCUGUCAUUGCACCAGCUGCAGAUGCUCCAACCGUUGACGGAGGCUCAUCUCGAGGAUCUUCACCGGGAAAAUCUUCGUCUUACAGGAUUAUCAGCUGGGGCAUUUGGGGUCACUUGCUUUUGGCAGUCUCAGGUGGCCUGGCCUUGAUCUUGUGAGAGACUUUACCUUUGAUCGAACAUUGUUUUUAAGUUAUGUUACGAGGGUCGAUUCAGUUAUUUUCGUUCGAUUGCUUGAUUUGAAACUAUUUUUUCGUGGACAUAUGUGGUACCGAAUAUCUCUGUGUAUGAGAAUUUGAGUUCUUUUAUUACCUGAGUAAAUGGGAUUUUGUUUGAUCUGCUGCUCUUUAUGCAGUGAAAAAUGAUUGUACUUUUAACUUAAAUAUUGUGUUGCUUGGCUUACAAGUUAUACAUAAAUAUAUGUGAGAUUUUUCA